AUGGCGAAUAGCACAGACAAGCCAGAACCCAUUCGAUUCAGAUUCGCACAAUCCCUCGAGGCACCCCAAUUCAUCGAGCGGGCCGCGCAAUAUGCCAAAGACCCCCGGAAAUACCUCGAAGAGAAACUCGGCCGCAACGUCCUGGAAGAGCGAAAACAUCUCCUGCACAUCCCCGACAAAGUCGACAAGGACAUCUACGGCGCCGGCGAGCACAAGGCUAACUUCGAAAAGCACAUUGCCAAACUGUUCGGCAAGGAAAGUGGGCUGUUCUUCAUUACGGGUGUGCAGGCGCAAUUGGCCGCGUUGAAGACGCAUUGCGAGCGAGUGGGAAGAAAUCGCGCCGCCUGGCACGUGACUUCCCAUUUGGAAACCGCGGAGGCAGGGUCGUAUAAGCAUCUUUACGGCUUGGAGAGGGUUCUGCUGGGCGAGAAGGAUGAGAACCCCAGCCUCGAGGCCAUCGAGAAGGCACUUUCGUUGCCAGAGGAUCAGCGCCCCGCGGUUGUGCUGCUCGAGAUCCCCAAUCGUACGCUCGGCAGCAAGACGUAUACGUGGGAUCAACUCGUUGCCAUCUCGGCCGCAUGUAAGAAGGCCGGAGUAAUCUUCCACUGCGAUGGAGCUCGCAUGUGGGAGAUUGAGCCAUACUACCAGAAGACGGCGGGCAAGACGUUCGCGGACGUUGCGGGACUCUUUGAUUCGAUUUACGUCUCCUUCUACAAAGGACUGCGCGGCGCGGCCGGGGCGAUGUUGAUGGGCGAGAGCUCGCUGAUUGAGGAUGCGAAGGUAUGGCAGAAGCGGGUGGGCGGGACGGUGAUUACAUUGAUGUACGAAAUCAUCGAUGACGAGCGCGGGUUCAACGAGAACAUUGGCACGUUCGCGCGCAAGUGGAAGAAGAUGGAUGAUCUGCAACGAGGGGUUUUGGAAGCGACGGAAAAGUUCCGAACGAAGGAUGGCGAGAGGAUUAUCAGUUUCGUGGCGGACCCUGCGACUUGCUGUCAAGUGCACAAUGUCUUUUCGGGAUACACCAUUGAGGAGUUGACGGCUGCCAGGGACAAGGUGGAGGAGAAGUUGAAUGUGCGGCUGUUUGAGAGGCUACGAGCGAAGGAGAGUGUGGAGCUCAUGACCAAGGCAGAGCGGGAGAGGAUGCUGGAGACGAAUGGGAACAAUGUCGUGGCGACGGAGGAUGACAGGAAACACACAAUUGAGUGGAUGUUGGCGGAGGAAACGCUGGAGGUGGAGACGAAGGUGUUUGUCGACGCCUUCGCUGCAUUUGCUAAGGAGCUAGUAACGGCAGGGGCAGCAGGCAAGCAAUGA